CGGAUACAAAGACUUAGCGGAUUUUUUGCGUGGUCCUCCCAGGAUCCCCUCUCCUCGCUGUGUGCGCGUCCUCCCAGUCACUCACAACUCACCCUCACAGGCUCGGAGUGUCGGGCCUUCAAAUUUGUUUGAAAACUCGCGUCGUGUAGUAAUCAAUCAUGCCCAAGGUUGAAUCCAGUGACUCGGAAGACAUCCCCUUGCAUCGCACUCCGGCUACUGCGCGCGUCAAUGGCGCCGGGAGUACGAUGAAGAAUGGGAAGAGGCAGCUCCCUUCUUCGGAUGCUGAUGAGGCCGUCAAUGGCACACCAGCUCCUAAGAAGCAGAGAAGGAGUUCGCGCUCAUCCCAUGGGGCUCGCACAACUGCGAAGUCGGAAGAACGCCCAGGCCGUAAGCGCAAGAAAGUUGAAUCAUCAUCCUCCGGGGACGAACCUCUCGCUUCGCCUACGAAACGGAUCCCCGUUAAGGCGAUUCUUCCCUCUGCCAAUGGAAGAGCCGUCGCUUCAGGUGUUCCUUCCGCUGUUAAGACCGCUGCCACAACUUCCGCGCCCAACCCCUCCAGUGACGACGAUGAUCUUCCUCUGAGUGCUCGGGUCAAGAACAAGAACAAGGCUAUCUCACCAAAGAGAGAAUCUCCCAUGCCAGCGGAUGUUCCAUUUCCCGAGACUGUUAUUAACCCAAAGCCUAGGCGCAGAGCAACCAAGAAGGUCAAGAAAGACUCCGAUGACGAUUCUUCCGGAGAUGAUGCGAAACGGAAGAUAAGUCGUUCGAAGAAAAAGGUUAAGAAGGGGCCUGACGACGAAGAUUUAAAGCCGUCAACCUCAAAAGCCCCUCAGACACCUCGAUCCCAAUCUGUCAAGCAAAAGUUCAAGAAAGAGGAGCCGGAAUCCCCGAAGAAAUCUAAAGGCGAGGAAGAGGAAGAGGAAUUGUAUCGUUGGUGGGAGCAGGGGGCUGUUGAGGAUGGCUCCAAGAAGUGGACGACACUGGAGCACAAUGGCAUAUUGUUCCCCCCGCUAUACCAACCUUUGCCUCCUCAUGUGAAGCUGUUGUACAGUGGUCGGGAAGUUGACCUUCCUCCGGAAUCUGAAGAGGUUGCUGGAUUUUUUGCUGCAAUGUUGAAUACGGAACAUGCCAAAGAUCUCGUUUUUCAGAAGAAUUUUUUCCAUGACUUCCUCGAAGUCCUUAAGCGUCAUCCUCCAAGGAAUAAGAUUAAAAUCGCCGAAUUUGACAAAUGCGAUUUUUCGACGAUGGCACAAUGGUUUGAAGAGGAACGCGAAAAGGCCAGAGCUCUACCUGCCAGUGCUAAGAAACAGUUGAAGGAGGAAAAGGCUAAGCUGGAGGAGAAGUAUGUCUAUUGCACGCUUGAUGGACGAAAGGAGAAAGUAGGCAAUUUCAGGGCGGAGCCCCCUGGUCUCUUCCGGGGACGUGGUGAACACCCCAAGAAAGGAGCUCUCAAGCUUCGACUCUCUCCCGAGGACAUCACUUUGAAUAUUGGGAAGGGUGUGCCCAUUCCCACUCCCAAUGUUCCUGGCGAGUGGGGAAAGAUAAUUCAUGAUGACACUGUGACUUGGCUGGUCCAUUGGAAAGAAAAUGUCAAUGGAAACUUGAAGUACGUCUUUCUCGCCGCCGGAAGUUCCCUGAAAGGCCAGAGCGACAUGCAGAAGUUCGAGAAGGCUCGCGAACUCAAGAAACACGUUGACCUGAUUAGAGCUGAUUACACCAACAGUUUGACGUCGAAAUUGAUGAUAGAUCGCCAACUAGCAACUGCACUUUACCUCAUUGACAGACUCGCUCUCCGAGCAGGAAACGAAAAGGGCGAGGACGAGGCGGACACAGUGGGUUGCUGUUCGCUUCGCUAUGAGCACAUCACCCUUGAGCCUCCAGACCGUCUCUGCUUCGAUUUCCUGGGUAAAGAUUCCAUCCGAUAUGUAAACACUGUGUCCGUUGAUCCCCAGGUGUACAAGAACAUUCGGCUUUUCAAGAAGCCACCCAAGACAAUUGGCGACGCGGUGUUCGACCGGGUGUCCCCGAAUCAAAUCAACAAGUAUCUCACCGGGUGGAUGAGCGGUCUCUCGGCCAAGGUCUUCCGUACUUUCAACGCCUCCAUCACCUUCCAAGAUCAGCUCAGCAACAGAACACCAAAAGACGCUUCCGUAGUGGAGAAAAUCGCUGCGUACAAUGAGGCCAACCGGCAAGUAGCGAUUCUCUGUAACCACCAGAAGGCGGUCAACAAAAACCACGACUCGAAUAUGGAGAAGCUUGGAAAUCAGAUUCGUGCCAUCAAGUACCAACGUCGCAAACUCCGCUAUGCUUUGUUCAAGAUAUCUUCUAAGUACAAGACUGAUCCUCGAUACGCCGAGGACGAGAGUGAUAUAGAUGAUGAAUGGAUUGCAGAGUACGAAGAUGAGUCUCGGGAGAAGGAGAUUGAGAAAGCUACCAAGAAGUGGGAAAAAGACAACGAGAAGGCGGAGGCUGAGGGCGAGCCGUCGAUCCCCAAGGACAACCUCAUUUCGAAGAUUGACCAAAUAAACGAGGAAUAUGAUCGGCUGAAGACCGAGCGUGGUACUGCGCACGCUGAGCUUAAGAAGUCUCAAUCCGAGGCUCAGGUAAUAGCCGCCAUUGAUAAGCUUGAUGAGCGUAUCAAGACUGCCAAGGUGAAGCGUCAAGAUAGGGACAACCUGAAGGAAGUCAGCUUGGGAACGAGUAAAAUUAACUACUUGGAUCCUCGGAUUACGGUUGCCUGGUGUAAAGGGAACGGCGUACCUGUCGAAAAGCUGUUCACCAAGUCACUAAUUACUAAAUUCCCCUGGGCAAUGGCAGUCGAUUCCGACUGGAAGUUUUAACGAUUCUCUUUGUUUUGGAUUCACAUUGGACAAGACCCCUCAUCGUCAUACACAAGGCAAUUUAUUAUAUCAUGCAUUUAUACGCUCGUCAUGUCUCGCACAUGGGUUUGUAGCGCUAGUUGAUCACACAUACACUCUUACUAUACCUGCGUUCUAACGAUGUAUGGUAUUGAGCCUGCGUUCCAGUUCCCGGAUCUCAUCCGAAUAGAUAGAGUUGUCUCUAGCAGCUCACCAAGCCGCCCAUUAGAGAUUCUUCCAUUCAAG